AUGUCUGAAAAGGCCAUCCACGAAGUGGACCACGUCAGCACCGAAGCCAAUGGCAACUUCGAUCGAGACUGGCGCGAGGAGAAAUGGGACAAUGGACGCAAGCUCAGCACCGUGGCCCAAGAUGCUGUCUUCACGGAGAAAGACAUGACUAUUCGUCAAGCCCUCAAGAUCUACCGCAAAGCCGUUAUGUGGUGCCUGGUCAUUUCCUGCUGUGUCAUCAUGGAAGGUUUCGACACAAACUUGUUGGGCAACUUCUACGCCUAUCCAUCGUUCCAGCUGAAAUACGGCGAUCCCGUUCCUGUGACUGAACAAACGCCAUAUGGUCGCUCCAUCCCAGCUGCAUGGCAAACCGGCCUUGGACAAGGCAGUGGCAUCGGCUCGAUCUUCGGCACGAUCCUGAAUGGAUGGUUGAUCACGGCCUUCGGUCCUCGAAAGGUCCUCUUAUGCACGCUCGUCGUCAUGACCUGCUUCAUCUUCAUCGUCUUCUUCGCGCCGAACAAGCCUGUGCUCGUCACUGGCGAGAUCUUGUUGGGCUUCGAAUGGGGAAUUUUCGCGACUACGGCUCCAGCAUACGCCUCUGAAGUCCUCCCUCUGCAGCUGAGAGUUUACUUCACCAGCUGGACCAAUAUGUGCUUUAUCCUUGGGCAAUUCAUCUCAGCUGGCGUCCUACGUGGGCUUGUAUCCCGGACCGACGAGUGGGGCUACAAGAUUCCAUUCGCAAUCCAAUGGAUCUGGCCAUGCUUCCUUCUGCCAGCAAUCUACUUCGCCCCAGAGUCACCAUACCACUUGGUCAGAAAGAACAAUCUCGAGGAGGCCGAGCGCUCUAUUCGCCGUCUCCAGGAUGAGAACGCUCAGCUUGAUCCCAAGAACACUCUCGCUCAGAUCGUCUACACCAACAACCUCGAAGAGCAGCUUUGCGUCGGGACCAGCUACUAUGACUGCUUCAAGGGGUUUGACCUUCGCAGAACAGAGAUCGCUUGCGUCGUCUUCGGCGGUCAGCUUGUCUGUGGUCUCUGCUUCGCUUAUGCCAGCACAUAUUUCUUCCAACAGGUCGGUCUGGAUGCCGAUUCCGCCUACUCACUCGGCUGGGGCGCCAACGGCCUCGCCCUUCUGGCUUGCUUCGCCAAUUGGUUUAUCCUAAUGCCGCGAUUUGGGCGGCGACCAGUCUACGUCUGGGGCAUGGCAGCUAUGGCUACUGAGCUUUGCCUCAUCGGCAUCCUCAACGUGUGGACCCACCACAAGUCUGUGGCUUGGGUGCAAGCUAUCCUGACGCUGGUCUGGACUGUCACCUUUCAGUUGUCCGCUGGUCAAUUGGGGUGGGCUCUACCAGCCGAGAUAGGAUCAACCAGACUCCGGCAGAAGACUGUCUGCCUCGCCCGCAACGUCUCAAACAUCUCCGGCACUAUCGGUGGCACCCUGGAGAACUUCAUGAUGAAUCCCAAUGCUUGGAAUUUGCGAGGGUAUACCGGCUUCGUCUGGGGCGGCUGCGCAUGGGCCGUCUUCAUCUGGGCGUACUUCAGACUUCCAGAGACCAAGGACCGCACGUUCCACGAGCUCGAUAUCCUCUUCGCCAAGGGAGUCCCCGCCCGCCAAUUCGCUACGACCAACGUCGAUGAGUUUGACGAGCACGAGCAAAAUGAGCUCGCACAGAGAUACUCGGUCGCCGGGCAGGCGCCAAGGAGGCCAUCGGUGGUGCCUAGCGUCACGGAUGCUCUUGCCAGGCAUGGUAAGGCCGAAGAGGCGCUGGCUCAGAGAAGAGCAAGUAUCGAUGCGCAGAACCAGGGCGGGAGCAGGAGGCCGAGUAUCGCGCCUGCCGUGACGGCUUAUCUUGAGACGCACCGUGGGCCUGCUGGCCAGGUGUGA